UCCUCUGAGCCGACUUCACGUGUGAAAUGUCAUCGGGUCGGUUGUGGUCUACUUAGAUCUUUCCUUAAUUUUUCCUUGAGAUUUUCUCGCCUUUGUUCAGCAGUUUUUCUUUCGAAUCUCGUGAAAAUUCAGUUGGUUAAUCAUGGAAUUUAUUAGUGAGAAUCCUUUGCUCCGGGACGCGGUGGAAACGAUCAAACUAGCCUGAAGGAAAAUCAUGAGUUUUUCACCCUGUCUAAGGAGCUUUUCGCAUAAAGUAGAUUUUUCUUUCGUUUCCGAUAAUCCAGCAAAGCGCGGGUUUUGUUGUUGUUAGCGUCGCUGCCGCCAUUGCAUUGUUGUUGUUGUCCUUGUUGUAAGAAGUAGUUAAAACAGCUGCUCCUUCCUUAGUUGUUCGUGCUGGAAGCAAGUGAGGAACACAAAAGGGUUCCGAGAGUUGUUGGGAAACGCAAUGCUGCCCGCUCGUUGCAUUUGAAUGGUACAGUGUGACGUCAUUAUACUACAGUGCAACUUUCUCAAGAGCGCGAUAGAGAUGGGCGGGCUAGGGAGUGGACGAAGUGGCGCCAAUCAGGCUAGUGGCAAUAUGCACCAGACGGGUUCGACGCUACAAAAGCAAAUGUCCUUUAUUAGCGGAAACCCCACUAAGGCAGACGAGAUUGAGGUCAUCGAGACCGGUCACCCAGACGACCAGGCUCAGGAUCAAAAGAACACCGCACUGGGAUGGAUAUGUUGCGCCCCAUGCAUCUGGCUUCGCACAUCGGCAACAGUUCACAAGAUUGCAAUAACCACAGCAACCCUCCUAGUGACUUCUUUGCUUGUUGCUUCGCCAAUCCUUUUCCUAAUUAGUACUGCUCCUUCGCAACUGCCGCGCGAUUGCUACUCAGACGAUGAAGACUGCAUGCCUACCACCGCACCACCACCGGAAUGCAAUGAUCAUGUGUGCCGAGUUGCGGCAGCCAGUAUUCAGGCGAAGAUGAAUUGGAAUUUGGAUCCUUGCAAAAAUUUCAAGGAGUUUAGUUGUACAACGAAUCAAGGUAGCCUGAGAGCGAUACGAAGUGCUCAAGAGAGUGUCGAUAUGCAGAUGCAAUUACUUCUUCAACAUAACACCACAUCGGGGCCCUUUCGAAAGUUAGGACGUUUAUAUGGCAGUUGUCUACGACAGACAGCGAAUUCAUCAACGAUACAUUUAGUUCUAGAUAAAUUAGGCGGUUAUUUACCGAUUGGUGCUUUAGGUCCAUCUAGUCUUGCUCCGUUAAUAUCGAAAAUAUAUGAAAUGGGACCAACUCCUCUCAUUGAUGUUCACUAUGAUUUGAGUUAUGGUCGACGACCGCAGGUGCUCCUUAUAAUUGGAGGGCCAAGUACUUCAGCCCAAAUAUUAGAGAGUAAGGUAAGAUGGAUGGGCCCCAAGGCGCCGCCAUCUCGAGUCCGCGAAAGUGUUCCUGUAAUUUUAGAUGAAUUAAUGGAUAGUUUUUUGCCAAGUGGGCUGACAGUUGAUCAGAAGAAAUCUGAAAAGGAAGCAAUAUCUACAUUUAUUUCUCAAUUGAAUAAGUUACGCUCAGAGCACUUACGAAAAGGUUAUUGGGAAAGCUCAGUAUUGUACAAUACUUCAUCGUUAUCAGUAUUUUAUCCAUUUCUAAAUUGGACUGAAAUGAUACCAUGUAAUUGGACGGGACCGAUAGUUGUUAGAAGCUCAGAUUACUUGAAAAGCCUUCAAGUGCUUCUUAGCAAGAAUCCAACGAGGGUUGCGCAUAAUUCAAUACUCUUACUUUUCGCUUUAGGAAUUUUACCACAAGGACGGCCCGAUCCGAUUGUUUGCACAAAAGCAACAAUGUGGGCGCUACCAAAAGUGGCAUCUGCACUUUACAUGCAACAACACUCGCAAGAAGAUAUUAAGGAAGUAUUACAAAGGACCGAAAUAGUAUUUGACUCGUUGAAGGCUCAUUUAAAACGAGCGCCGUCAUUGAAAGGGGCGGCACUUGUAAAACUUUCAGCGCUUAAGUUACAAAGUAAACCAUGGCCAGUGCUUUCUAAUAUCACUGCAAUUACAGAAGAAUUAGAUCAAAUUGAGAUAACAUCAGACAAUUGGUUUGAAAACGUAUUGAAAAUUUAUAAAAGAAAUAAGAUUGUUCCUGAUGAGGAAUUGGAUAUGGAGAAUCAUACGGCAUGGGCGUAUCCAAUUGUUGCUAAGAUCUUUUACGACACCCUGAGCCAUUCGAUAGUUGUUCCACUUUCGGUUAUUUUGGUACCUUACUUCGACAGCAGGCUGCCGCCGUAUCUACAAUAUGCAUCAGUUGGCGUUGCUAUUGCCAAGGAAAUCCUUCGCUCCAUUACAAAAGCGUUUGAGGAUAAGGCCAUGCGAUGCGUACCAAAAUCCGUUAACGUGUUUUCAAACUACAGCCGCAUGGAUAUACUAAUCCACUCAGGUGGAAUGCAAAUCUCAUAUCACUCUAUGCUCUCUUUAACGGGCCCCAUAAAAGGAAUGGCUCGACUACCAGGAUUGAGUUUGACGCCAACUCAAAUAUUCUUUUUAGUAUCAGCUCAGGAGCUUUGUGCUGAGUCCUUAUACAGUGGAAUUGAUACUGCUUCGGAAGAUUUUGGUCAUAUACUUGGCUGGCUUGUUGCUCAAGGAGGAAGUGCCACGGAAGUUUUCAAAUGUCCAUCCGGUUCAAUGAUAUAUACUCAAAAAACGUGCAAUGUCCUUUAAAGAAGAGGAGUUGAGAAGGGUGCGAUUGAAAAGAAAAUACUAAUCUGUUGGUUUUAGCGAGGCCUUAGGUGAACAAUUUUUACGAUCAAAAUAUAGAAAUCAUUCAUAGGUAGGAUAUUAAGAUGGGACCUAGAUUUAAAAUGGUUUUAAAAAUUUAAAAGGAGAUUUCGUGUGUAGAUAAUAAUAUAUACGAGAGGUGUUGAACGAAUCAGUCAUAUUAGGAAGAGAUUUAAAACUAACUUAGUUGGCCUUCAAAGUUGCUGAUUGCAAUGGAUUGAUGACAUUUGAGCUGAAUUAUUUUUAGAUAUUUAUUUGACUAAUUGCUCAGUAAUGAUGUCUUCUGAAUCUUUACUUGGUGUUGAUUUUUUCUCAAAUAAGUUUACAAAAAAAGUUAAUUAUAUUGUGUCCAGGUAAACUUUUUUCCAUAACUCAAGUUCAAAACAAAUUUUUAGAUAAGACAAUCUAUUUUCGCUUCCAAAUACUAUCAAUUUACAUUAUCUUCAAUUUCAUGUUUCCUUAUUAAAUUUCGAUUUAAAAUAAGUCCAAAAUAUAGUUUUGAAAUGAAGUUCUAAGGUUGCUGGUAAAUUUCUGACGCAAUUAUUAUUUAAAUUAUAUUCAAAUAUGGUAGCGAGUUUUAGCAAAUACUGGAAAACCAACUAAACAAUGCAAAUUCACCUUCGUAUUAUUUACUUUGGUAGUAGGAAGGGGUAGUGGGAAGGGAAUUCAACUUGUAGGACCAUAAGUCUCCUCAGAUUGUAGGAAUUUAGGAAACUACGACCAUUUACUGCUGACUUCUUUUGGAGUGGCUUUAGUUUGGUGGAAACCUUGAAUAUUGAAGUCCUCAAAAAGUUUCUAAUCAAAACUACAUUAACGAAAGGCGAAUAUGGAAGAUAUAAUUUUUACAAUAGAGUAGUUAUUAUUGAAAGUUGUUUGGAGGUAUAUAUAUACUCACUUGAUAAAUACUCAAAAGAACUAACCAAAAAACUGGUAAUGUCAAUUAGAACCAUGAAAUUUAAAGCACAUCCUUCAAUACAAAUAAAUCAUGCCAUGUUUUUCGUCACGAGGUGAUAGAUACUCACAUACAUCAAGAAAUAACCUUAUACACUAUUAUCAUCAGUAUACAAUGUAUAGUAACUACAAAAGGGCACCAUUUUUAACGUAUGCAGUUUCAGCACAUCUUGUUCCAUUCCAUCAUUCAGUACUAAUCAAAAACCGUCUUUAAUUAUUCAAGGAAUAUUUAUCAAACAAUUCAUUAGAAAUUAGUUGAAAGUAGAUUCAUCAAGCAGUAAAAGGAUAUUAGAGAGGCAAGUAGAAUUACAUGAAAAUUCCAGACUGAUCAAUCAAGGCUCUAAUUAAUAUAAAAAGAAAAAUUGUUGAAUUCAUUUACACCUCUACUUCUCUGAUUUGGAAACAAAGUAUAAAAUCCAUUGAUAAAAAGGUUUUUUUUAUUGAAAUAUUAAUUCAUGAAACAAUAAUAUUUGGAAUUAAAAAGUAUUCUUGGAUACUAAUUAGAUGGAGUAGCAAUUUUUUGAUUACUUAGUGAAUUAAAACUAUUGUAGAAUGUUAUUAGCAAAAAAAAAAUGUUAGAGAGGAGGGAUAGAUUUACAAAAAAAACUAGAAGUGAUCAAUUGAAUAGUAGCUUCAAUUUAUUGUUAGAAAUUAUCAAACGAAAAUAUUAUUUAAAUAAUGUUUAGUCCAUCCCUUAUAUACAUUGCGCAGAUUAUCAAGCCGAUGAUCUUUAAUUGUUUCUGUGAUAAAAGCCAAAAUAAAUUGGAUGAGAAAUUGGGAGUCAUAAAUGAA